CAGGAAAUAUGCCGGUGGCGGCGUUUUGUGGCCGGUGGCCGGUGGCCCGUGUGUGGUAGCCCUUAGUUAAUAACACUAGAUUAUACUCUCAAGUCUCAUUAAUAGUAGAAGUUGUUCGGAGUACGAACGUAUACUGAAUAAUGACAGCAUUAAAUACUUGGAGCGAUGCUGUUUUUAGGUAUAUAGAUGAUAUAGGGUUCAAAGUAGUUGCAGAAACUGGAAUAGUAAGUGAUAGAUAUCACUUGGGAAAAAUUAUUCUGAAAUGUUUCCGCGAAGAUCCAGAAUUUUUGUUACAGAUCGAUGGAGCUACAAACGAAAGGGACACAUUUGGAUCGAUGUUGGAAAAGUCAAUUCGAUGCGCAGAGGCAUUCAGAAACUUGGGUAUAAAGCAGGGUGACGUCAUCGUGCUGAUGGCUUGUACUUGCUUGGACCUGACUGCUCCGAUGUAUGCGUGUUUCUAUCUUGGAGUCAAUGCAGCUUGCAUUGAUAUGACCUUACAAAAAGAGGAAUUACUCAACGCAUUUAAUGACACGAAGCCAAAAUUCGUGUUCUGUCUCGGCUCCAAAGCUGUCGCUGUUCAAGAGGCCCUUAAUCAAUUAGGAAUAGAAGCUGAAAUAGCUACAUAUGGAAAAGAGGCAUCAUUCAAUACAUUCCCGGAAUUUCUUGAGAAAUACUCAGAUAACGGAAGUGUGCAAGAUUUUCAGCCCGAAGACUUCGACACUAAAGACACUAUAGGGCUUUUAGUUUCUACUAGUGGUUCUACAGGAUUUCCAAAAACGGCAGCUCUAUCUCAUAGUAAUUUAAUAAAUGGACUACCUAACUUAUGGGUUAACUUCAGAAAAUAUCCCACACCGACACGACUAGCCCUUAUUAUUUCCCCCGUGCAAUGGCUGUCUGCUCUAGUACAUUUCGUCAUGAGCCCUAUAUUGAAAUACACCCGAUUACAGAGCUCUUUACCGAUAACACAGCAACACGUUUAUGAAAUGAUUAACAAAUAUAGGCCAACGUACUUAAUUUCGAGUCCUACAUUUAUGACAACUCUGUUGAGACCAGGAGAUCGCGACCAGUGCGAUUUCAGUUCCAUGGAGCAUAUUUAUCUUGGUGGAAGCGUUGUUUCUCAGGAAGUUGUCAAUGAAUUGAAGAUUGUUCAGCCCAAUGCACGAGUAUUUGUUGGAUACGGGCUAAGUGAAUGUUCAGGAUUGUGUUUUAAUUACGUUCAAGCUGUUCGCGGCUCCUGUGGAACACCUGUCGGACAAUAUCAAUAUAGAAUCGUGGAUAUUGACACACAAAAGGUCAUUGAAGACGCCAAUGUUAGUGGAGAAUUGUGGAUUAAAGGACCAGCUGUAUUUAAGGGAUAUUGGAAUAGACCAAAUGACACAAUGCAAGCUUUGACAGAAGACGGUUGGCUCAGAACAGGGGACAUAAUGUAUAGAGAUGAGAGUUGGAACUUCUAUUUUGUAGAUCGUAUGAAGCUAUUAUUGAAGUAUAGGAAUCAUCAGGUUUCUCCAGCGGAACUAGAGAAUGUGAUACGAAAGCAUCCUAAAGUUCUGGAUGUGGCUGUGACAGGAAUUCGGGACUUAGAAUGCGGUGACCUGCCCGUUGCUUGUGUGAUAACGAGGGAUUCCAAUGUUACAGAGGAUGAAAUAAAAGAUUUGGUCAAAGCGUCACUAAGCGACACGAAACAAUUGCGAGGAGGUGUUAUAUUUAUGAAAGAAUUGCCUACAACGUCUACGGGAAAAGUUGAUAGGCCACGACUUAAAGCAAUUGCUAAUAGUAGAUAAAAUUAAUUUAAUAUUAUAGAGUAUACAAAAAAUAUGUUACUUU